UUCGCAACCGCCCACAAAACAAAACCGCGACAUUUUGAAAAUAGAGCACAGAGGUGGACGUUCGAUUUAAAUGUUGUGAUACAAAUUUUGUGGAACGUCGAAAACAUGACAUCAAUCGCGGAUAGCAACAUAGCUGUCAUUUUCGAAGAGCGAAGGACGGAGAAGCACAGCCGAGUGCUGAAAGCGUUUGCUGAGCACAAAGAUGUUAUCGCUGAGCUGAGCCACUGCUACAAGCAGUUUAUCAAACUGUCUCGAGAAGGAGGUUUAAAGAAAUCUGUGGAUGACGAGAUACUGUUUGAGACUGCUGAGAGAUUUAAAAAAGAUUUGCAACACAUGAAUGCAAUUUCGCAGGAGAAAAAGCGGACUAUUUCAGAAAUUAAAUCCAAUCCUGCUCAUCAGGAAAAGCAGACUAUUCUCCAGGAGAUUGAGUGUUUUAAAAAAGAACAAGCCCAGAGAAGAGAGAUAAUUGAGUCCCAGUAUAAAGCAAACAAGGACAGACUGAAGAACCUGAAGAAAGCCAGAGUAAUCUUUCAGGAAUAUUUGGGGUUGGAAAUACGAAAAAUUCAUGAUGAAAAGUUGCAGUUUGUGUUCCGGUGUAUCAACAAGACUGAUCUGGACCGUCCAUACGUCAUUACAAUGGGACUCAAGAACGACAGAUCAUAUCAAAUUAUGUCCAGCCUGCCUCCACUUGAGUGUCUGCCCGACUUGGAGAGGCGGCUCCAGGAGACCAACAACUUAGCAGUUUUCCUGAAAAAUGUCAGGUUGCAGUUUAUCGCCCAAGCUUGAUAAAAUGGGAUUUAAAUAAAAGGCAGUAGUGAUUAGCAAACUCUCAAGUGGGUUGUAAAAUAUCGUCAAACAUCAAUAUAUAUAAAAAAAAAAAAAAAUCGACAGACUCAAGACUUGCAUUUGUGGAUUGAAAAAUUAUUCUGGUGUGGUAGAUAUGUAGAUCUUAUUCUCACUAUGAACUGUACCAGUGAGAAGAUUAGAUUACCCCUUCUCAUGCUAUAGUAUGACGAAGUGACCAAAACCUGACUUGUACAGUACAUACUACUUUUGUAUGGAAAAAAGAAAAAAAAGAUAUAAACAUGUCGGAACUCAUUUAAUCCUCGGAAGCAUGUUUUAAAUAUGCAUUUCAGAUUGCUCAGUUCGACGAAAAGUGUAAGUGUACAUGUACAAUUAUGACUGACUCAUUAAUCAGUUCAAGACAUUUCCACAACAAAUAUACUGUAUG